AUGAAGAAGAAGAAGAAUCAGAAGCAAGAGCUGGGCGAGGGUGAGGGAUACGAGCAAGCUGGAGCGACUACCAAACCUGAAACGAUCUCUCAGCGCAAGGCUGAUUCGCAACCUGGGGCGCAAACCGCUUCUCAGCCAAAACCUACAGUGCCGACUUCCGAGCCGACUCUUCCAGGCAAACCAAAGCCGGGAAGGAUUAUCAGCAAUGAAUCACCAAUAGCCGAUUUCAGGCGCGUGAUCAAGGAUGGUGAUGUGUUUCGGAAGGCGAUCCAGGACAUGGGCGAGGUGGUCCGGGAGAAUGUGGCAGCGAGCUUCUCGAGACAGGCUUUUCCCGUGGCGAUCGAGUGUUUGGCGUUGAUGAGGGAGACGGCACUGGAAUAUGAGAGGUGGAGACGUAUGAUGAGUAAGCUUUGCUUUUGCGGGUCGGUCUUGACUGACGGGUUGUUUAGAUAUGUCGAGUCUCUGGAAAAGGUCGUCAAGGGGCCAGGGUUGAAGCACUUAAACUUUUGGCAAGAGUUUGAAAAGGCCGGCCAGAGUGUAAGCAAGAUAUCGGAAGAAGAGGCAGAAGCCGCUCUGAACGGCGAAGAUCGAGAGCCGCCACAUGUUGUAUAG